AUGUCCGCGAGCUCAGAGGCCCAGGAAGCUGCUGCAAAGCGAAUGUUCAAUCGGAGGCUCUACGUGAUCGGGGCCAUGAGGCUCAUUGACAGCAUGGACGUGAACAUGAUCAUGCCCUAUGGACUCGAAAUGGUGUCGAUGUUUCUCAACAAGGCAAAAGACAGUCCUGAAUCGGCCACAGCCUAUGCAUGGCUCGUUGGGCUUUACUCGCUCUUCGAGAUCGUUCUCUCGCCAUUUUGGGGCAUGGCGGCCGACGUUGUCGGCAGGAGGCCUAUCCUCCUCAUCGGCAUGGCCGGGACCGCGAUUGCGCCUGUUCUCCUCGGCGUGGGGCAGUCUUUGACAGCGGUCUUGCUGUUCCGCGGCCUUGAUGGCUUCUUCUGCGGCAACCAAGCGAUCUUGCGAACCUACCUUGGCGAGAUUGCCAACAAGACCAACGAGUCACGUGCCUUCGGGUUUCUGGUGCUCUGCUUUGUGCUGGGCCUCAUUGCAGGGCCGUUCCUAGGUGGCUUGGCAUUCCCUGCACAGUGGGCACCUGAAGUAUUUGCCGGCACAGUCUUCGAGCACUAUCCCGUCCUUUUCCCGAACCUUUUGUUUGGAAUCCUCACAGCGAUUGUUUGCAUCAUCGGCUUCGUCUGCCUAGAGGAGACGCUGCCCGAGGGCAAGCGAAGCAUGUGUGGGCAGAAGCACGAGGCUGCUGGUGACGCGGAGCUGGCAGACACGCCAUGCACGGCUGACGGCAAGCGCUGCUAUCCACUGCAUGUGCUCCAAGCGAUCCUGGCAUUCUGCGGAGUAACGGGCGCCGUAGAGGCACAGAACACCUUGGUCAUUCUGCUCUGGCAGUACCCUGUGUCUUCGGGAGGCUUUGGGUUUAGCCCGCAGCAGGUCUCGAUUGUCCAAAUCUCAGGCGGUCUUGGUCCGAUCCUCUGUCACCUGACAUUCUUCCAGAAACUAGCUAAGAAGUUGGGUUUGUUGAACAUCCUUGUGUUGGGGUUUGUGCUCAACAGCCUGUCUUACGGUCUUUAUCCUGUCUAUGCUCUCGUUGCCGAUCCGGUGAAGCAUGGCCUGUGGAGAUUCGUCGUCUUGGGCCUCGCCGAGUUUGUGGGCAUGAUCGGGACGUUUCUGCUAUUCUCUUCUGUCUUUGUUUUCGUGAACCGUGCAUCAGAAGGUCUGAAUCGUGCGACGGUCAACGGCUGGGCGAACUCCGGGCGCGCACUGAGCCGUGCGAUCGCCCCGUUCUUUGCUUCCCAGCUCCUGGAGGCAGCAGAAGUGGUUGGGCCGUUUGGACGGUACCUCUCGUUUUACAUCAUGACGGCCUCUUUGGGACUUUGCUUCGCCAUCUCGUGGACAGGGCUGCGCAAGCUGACAUGA